AUGUCAACUGUAUCCUCCCCUCGACCUUCAAUAGCGUCUGCUCAGUCCCCAACACCUGCAUCAUCUCGCCGCCCAUCAGUCGAAAGCACUACCUUCACACCCAGAGCAGACCCUCCAAGUAAUACACUACGGCGGAACAGGGUUGCCUUACGAGACUAUUAUAACUUGCACCCAAACAGAACCGAACCUUCAAAUCAAUCGAGGCCAAGGAGCGUUCCACCUACACCAGAGGGCCCAUUGCGUCCUGCAAGCCGAAUCUCGAAUAGCGAACUUGACAGCCCAGAUUUCGAUGCAGAUGGCUAUGUGGCCCACCUACUUGCUACCUCAUCCUUGGCCACUAUAUUACGAGCUGAAAACUCCCUUGUCAGUGACAUCAAAACUUUGGAUGGGGAGCGAAAGGCGUUAGUCUAUGACAAUUAUUCGAAGCUUAUAAAAGCUGUUGAAACUAUCGGGAAAAUGAGGUCGAUUCUUGAAGAGGAAGGAACCCCUGUUCUAAUGACAAAAACGCUGGCUCCUGCUGUUGGAUUUGUUGCGGAUACUGCUAUGUCACUCAUUCGGGAGCAGGAAGAGUUAAAUCAACCUAGCGAUAAACCAACCCAGGGAAAUGAGAAACAGACCAAGACAAUAAGCCCCGAAAAGGCAACCGUAUUAUGGGCGUUAGAUACCCCACACCGAUUGAAACGAUUACUAGACUCUGGGAAAAGAGAUGACGCAGAAAAUGAUUGGAUUGAGAUACAAUCCCUGCUUUCAAUUUGGGGUGAGGUUAAGGGGGUCAAAGAACUUUGGGCUAAGUGCGAAUUACUCAUGGUCAAUGAGGAACAGUCAGACACAUGA